CUUGCUUCUUCCACUCUCACAGCACCAGUCUCAGUCACCUGGUUUAGUUGCAUACAUACUCAAAACACAUUAAAAUGUCUGCAGUUCUCAGGAGGAUUAUCAGCACAGCUAAAGCUCCUGCUGCUAUCGGCCCGUACAGCCAAGCAGUAGUGGUGGACCGGACCUUGUACAUCUCAGGGCAGUUGGGGAUGGAUCCUACCAGUGGACAGCUUGUGGAAGGAGGUGUUCAGGCUCAAACCAGACAGGCUCUUGUGAAUAUGGGUGAAAUCCUUAAAGCUGCUGGAUGUGGUUAUGAGAAUGUCGUCAAAGCCACAGUUCUCUUAGCUGACAUGAAUGACUUCACCAGUGUCAACGAUGUUUACAAGCAGUUCUUCAUCACUAACUACCCAGCCAGAGCUGCCUACCAGGUUGCUGCUCUUCCCAGAGGUGGGCUGGUUGAGAUUGAAGCAGUGGCUGUGUUGGGCCCUCUGAUCAAUGCUCCCUAACAAGAACAUCUAUCAAACAGGAAAACAGGAAAACCUACAAUCACUAAAGAAUAUACAGUAUGUGCCUUAUUUUGUCGACUUGUCAGGAAUCGAUCAAACAAAAUUCCUGUAUAGCGCUAAUAAUUUCUAUUAUAAAUGCAUAAUUUUUGUCACCUCUGUCAUAAGCGUGCUGUAGGUCACCUGGCAGACUUAUUAACAUUGAUGAGACGUGCUUGGAGACAACACUGCAUUUGAAAUUCCCUGUGCUCACAUUUCACUUACAAUAGCUGUUAAGUAUCUAAGCAUGUUUGCUCUUACUGAAAUACAGUACUGUCAUGAGCUAGACCCAUGACUGAAGGAUGGAUGGAUAACAAAUAUAACUCAAUAAUAAAUAUUUUAAUUUGA